AUGGCUAACAUAAAACAAAAACAUGUAAGAAAGAAACGUAUAUACCAUCCUGAUCCUGAUUCAAUUGAAAGUUUGGACGUAAAGUCAACUUCUACAUCGAAAUCAUCUUCCACGAAAACUCGAGAAACCUUUGUAACGACCACACGAAAAACCAUAUCUACAACAUCUUCAAAACAGCAACCCACCGAGAUAACAGAAACAAAAACAAUAUCAAGUAAUUUGAAUUCGACAACAACAACGAUAUCAACAGCGACAGAAACUUGGUCGCCCACGCAAAGCCUGUAUCUACUGUUAUCAACAAUAUGGCAAGAAGUUGAGAAACAAGUGCAAACCAAAUAUCCGCAACAACAAAUGAUCACUGACGUGCCGUCAUAUGUCACAACAACACCCACCCUACAGUCCCAAAUCGAGACGAUUAGUGUCUCAUCAAAAGUAAUAAAACGAAUAUUACAGCGACGAGCAAAAAGACAGUUUUGA